AUGCCUAUCCUUCUCACUUCUCUCCUGGGCACCGCAGUGGGUUCUGCAGUAGUCUACUACACCUCUCCCACUCUAGCUGCUGUCCUUGCCGGAUCGGCACUCGACUGGAUCACGAUUCACUCCUUGGCAAUCGACGCUCUCUUCGCCAUUCUGAUUUGCUUCUUCAUCCUUUGCUAUUUGGAGACUAAGUGGAUCGCCGUCAAUCAAUCGUUCCCCUACACCUUUCAUCUCAAGAAUAACCUUGGAAAAUCUUCUUUCAACUUCCAAUUGGUGGUAUUUGAGCUCUGGCAUACCAACAAGUUGAAUAGAUAUGGACACAUGGUUUGUCUGUUCUGCGAACAGCUUCUAUGGCUUUACAUCAUUAGAAUCACUUUUGGUGUUUCAGGUCUGGCAUUGACAAACAUCGCUCUGGGUAUGCAAGCAUUCUCUUUCGGCGACAUGAGACUCGGCUUCGGUACUGCUGUAUUCAAUGCCGCCUACUCAUUGCUCGGCAUGUGGGCCUUCGACCGUUUUGCAGCAGUGGCCGCGAUCGACAUCUGCAAGAUUGCGCUCUUCUGGGUGGUGGUUGUCCGCACUGCUGUACACGCUGCCGAGCCACUGCCUCCCGUCUACGACAGCGAGACCGACUCCUUCGGUGAGACUUGGGGUGAUGAUGGCUACCAUCUGAUCUUCAAGAAGCCUUUCGCCGCUCUGUGGCUGUUCAUUCUGGGUAUUGUUUCGGAACUGGCCUCUGGCGUCCCUGGACGCCUCUUUGGCACUGCUCUCUACAAGGCUUUGUACAGGGCGGGCGGUUUCCGCAGCAGCACUCUUAAGAGCGUCGACACCGCUAGAGAAGAAGCUCUCUCUACCCUCAAGAACGGCUGGGCCUCCAAUGAGAUGCUCGCGCCUUACUUCCUCAAGUCAUCAUCUGCUGUCAUUGUGGAGAAAGUCCCUGUACAGUGCUGA